CUACUUUUCAUAUUCCAGUUCAUCAUCAUCUUCUCUUUCUAGAAAAUGGCGUCGUCAAAACAAUCAUACAGAGUCUUCUGCUGUUUCCGUCGCCGAUUUAUCGUCGCAGCGGCAGAAGCUCCGGCAGAUAUAAAGGCUUUGUUCAAUCAGUACUCAGAAAAUGGAGUUAUGACUGUCGGUCAUCUUCACAGGUUCUUAAUUGAGGUUCAGAAAGAAGAAAACGCUACAGAAGUGAAAGCGCAAGCUAUAAUUGAUGGUCUACACACGAUCAAACAUCUCAAUCUUUUUCAUAAAGGAGGGAUUCAUCUUGAUGCUUUCUUUAAAUACUUAUUUGGGGAUGAAAAUCUUCCUCUAACUCCUCUUGGGAUUCAUCAUGAUAUGACUGCUCCAUUGUCUCAUUAUUUUAUAUUUACUGGGCAUAAUUCAUACCUAACUGGGAAUCAGCUGAGUAGUGAUUGUAGUGAUAUUCCAAUUAUUAAAGCACUUCAAAAAGGGGUGAAAGUUAUUGAAUUGGAUAUAUGGCCUAACAAUGCAAAGGAUGAUAUUGAAGUUCUUCAUGGAAGGACACUUACCACGCCGGUUCCAUUAAUCAAAUGUUUGAGAUCCAUUAAAGAAUUUGCCUUCUUUGCUUCGGAAUAUCCUGUUGUGAUAACAUUAGAAGAUCACCUUACUCCUGAUCUUCAAGCUAAAGCUGCCGAGAUGAUCAGUCAAACUUUUGGAGACAUCCUGUUUGCUCCUGGUCCAGAAUGCUUAAAGGACUUCCCUUCACCAGAAUCACUGAAAGGGCGAGUCAUGAUAUCAACCAAACCUCCAAAAGAAUACCUUCAGGCUAAAGUGGUUAAGGAGAAAGUGGAUAACAACUCACAGAAACCAGCCACUAAUGAGACAUGGGGAAGGGAAGUUUCGGGUCUAAACUCUGGUAUAGUUGGAGAUAAUAAGGAUGAUUUGCAAGACGAGGACGAGAACGGAGAUGAAGAGGAAGAAGAAGAAGAGGAUGAUGAUAAUGAAACCAAGUCUAAACAUAUUCUAGCACCUGAGUACAAGCGCUUGAUUGCUAUUCAUGCUGGUAAAGGUAAAGGUGGAUUAAGUGAUUGGCUCAAAGUAUACCUUGAUAAAGUUAAACGCCUUAGCUUAAGCGAACAAGAGCUCAGAAAGGCUGUAAUAACUCAUGGAAAAGAGAUUGUCAGGUUUACGCAGCGGAAUCUGUUGAGAGUGUAUCCAAAAGGCAUACGGUUCGACUCAUCCAACUAUAAUCCUCUGAUUGCAUGGAUGCAUGGAGCACAAAUGGUUGCAUUUAAUAUGCAGGGAUAUGGACGAUCCUUGUGGAUAAUGCACGGAAUGUUCAAAGCCAAUGGUGGUUGUGGAUAUGUAAAGAAACCAGAGUUUCUGUUGAAUGCAAAUUCGAACCACGAGAUCUUUGAUCCCAAAGUUCAACUGCCAGUCAAAACAACCUUAAAGGUGUCUGUUUACAUGGGCGAAGGAUGGUAUUUUGAUUUUAAGCACACCCAUUUUGAUGCUUAUUCACCGCCAGAUUUUUAUGCAAGGGUAGGAAUUGCAGGGGUGCCUGGUGACACAGUGAUGAAGAAGACUAAAACUAUAGAAGACAGUUGGGUACCUGUUUGGGACGAGCAUUUUGAAUUUGCAUUAACUGUUCCAGAACUAGCUUUGCUUCGGAUUGAAGUUCACGAGUAUGAUAUGUCGGAAAAGGAUGAUUUUGGUGGCCAAACAGUUCUUCCCAUAUCGGAGCUGAGAAGUGGUUUACGAGCUAUUCCCCUUCAUGACCAAAAGGGGGAGAAAUAUAAAUCUGUAAAGCUUCUUAUGAGGUUUGAAUUUGUUUAAUAAAUUCAAAUCAACAAUAUUCUUGACUAUUUGUUCCUUUUUAUGUAUGGGCUCUUGUGGUUUUUGUGUUUCUUUUAUUUGUGUGUAAAGUGAUGAUGUUUGUAUAUUUAUCUGCAGAGGAGUAAGUAAAAUGAGUGUUUUGUCCA